GCCUGCGGGAACAUGGCCGAGUCGCCGGAGGAGGUGGCGGUGCUGGUGCAGCGGGUCGUGAAGGACAUCCGCAACGCCUUCCAGCGGAACCCACACAUAGAUGAAAUUGGAUUAAUACCCUGUCCUGAAGCCAGAUAUAACCGGAGCCCUAUUGUGCUGAUAGAAAACAAGCUUGGUGUGGAGAGCUGGUGUGUGAAGUUUCUUUUGCCAUAUGUCCACAAUAAACUUCUCCUCUACAGACAGAGAAAACAGUGGCUGAACAAGGAUGAGCUGAUAGAUAUCACGUGUACCCUGCUACUACUGAACCCCGACUUUACCACUGCAUGGAAUGUGAGGAAAGAAUUAAUACUGUCUGGCACUUUAAAUCCACUUAAAGAUUUGCAUCUUGGAAAACUGGCGUUAACCAAGUUUCCAAAGAGUCCAGAAACAUGGAUUCAUAGACGAUGGGUGCUGCAACAACUAAUUCAGGAAAACUCCUUGCCCAGUCUUGCAACUAAAGGAAACUUGGGAGCAGCACCCGUGGAGAGGAUUCACCGACUAGUGCAGGAGGAAAUGAAUGUCUGCUCUGAAGCUGCUGGGAGAUAUCCAAGCAACUACAAUGCCUGGUCCCAUCGCAUCUGGGUUUUACAGCAUUUGGCAAAGCUCACUGUCAAGGUUCUCCUCGAUGAACUUUCAUCCACUAAAUAUUGGGUAUCCAUGCAUGUCUCAGACCACAGUGGAUUUCAUUACCGCCAGUUCUUGCUCAAUUCCUUGAUACACAGAACAGUGACUGACAAUAACAUACUGGUACAAAAUCAAAUGGUAAAUGAACAAAACCCUAACCUUCAGAAGGAAGAAGAGAGUGCAGGGACAGAAGCUGUCUGUGCAGAGGAGCAAAGCGUGGAUCUCCCCCGCCGUUUAGAUGAAGAGAUGGAACUCUGCAAUGAACUGAUUGAUAAUUACCCAGGGCAUGAAACCUUAUGGUGUCAUAGAAGGUGUGUAUUCUACCUUCAACAGCACUUAAGCAACAAACUUCCUCUCAUGAGUGCAGUGGUAUCAUCUGUGGACAGCAGUGAUGAAAGUCUGAAUAAUUCCCACCAUAGUCCUGCAAUAAGUCACAUGGCACAAGCUAUGGAUGUUGAUGGUUUGAAUGAAUCCAGCAGCAAACAAGGCUAUACCCAAGAAACAAAACGCCUGAAACGUGCUCCUGUGCAGGACUCUCUUGGUCCAGAAAUGGAAUACCGGUUUGUUGAUAAAGUAUUAUCAACUUGUAGGGAUGGAGACCAAGCCAGGUUUGCUACUGCUUAUAGAAAAUGGUUAGUUACUUUUUUAGGUCAGUGAAGGAGGUGUUUAAAGCUUUCAGGGUUCUUCUCUUAGUGCAAUAUUCUUUUUUCAGACACAAUGCAUGUCUUGGUUGCAAGUGUUAGCUAGCUCUGUGUUUCUCUCUCUUUUGAUGGUCAGUCCUAAAGCUAAAUUUCAGAGUAGAAGUCUAAAAGACUUUAUGAAAGAGCUGGCAUAUGUUUUUAUUGAGCAAAUGCAGUUUGUUACUUAUUCUUUCUGAGAAAUCAUUCUUAACAGCUUCCUAACAUGAUAUUUUCUUUUUUUUUUUUUUUUUUUACUUCUGCAUUAAGGUGGACUGAAUCAUAUGACUUAAAAAAAAAAUGAGGUAAAAGAAAAAAAAAGUUUGAAAUGCUUGUGAAACAAAGUGUCUGAAAAAAGAAUGGGAGAAUCUGUCAUUAUUAACUAAACUCGUUCCCAGUUUGUUCUUGUGUAGCAUCAUGCUAAUACCUUAUUGGAUGCAGACUUUAUUAGGUGAGUGCUAUUAUUUUUGUAUAGCAGUCUUUGGUAGAACAUCAGAAUACAGUGUUUCUUUCUGAAGGCUCCAGUAACAAUUUUGGAACUGUCAUGCCUUUUACUGUUUUAACUGGGUUUUUGUUUGCUUAUUACAGUAAUUUCACGACUAUAAGGUGCACCUUAAAGCCUAAAAUUUUGGUCUGAACCCGGAAGUGCGCCUUAUAAUCCAGUUCGCCUUAUAUAUGGACGAUGUUCGGAAAUUUGCCAACCUGAAAGUGCGAGCAGCGAGCUGAGCUACUCAGGGCCACGCAGCUUGGCCGGGGUGGGGCCGCACGGCUCGGCAGGGCUCGUGCAAUUCCAUUUCUUAUUGGUUACUUCGUUGUGCACAGAUGCUCGCUGCAAAAAAAAAGGUGCACCUUAUAAUCCGGUGCACCUUAUAGUUGUGAAAUUACUGUAAUUGUCAUGUUAACUUGAUAGGAAGGCCUAUAAGGUUGAAAUCUUGAUAAGCAGAUACAGGAAGAUGUGGCAGAAGAUAGUUCAAACACAUAUUCACCCACAGUCAGAGGUGUAUUUGGAAAUAGUUUUCUUAAAACAGACCACUUUACCUUAAUUUCUUACUUGGUGUUUAUUUAUUUAUUUUAUCUCAACAAUCCAGAAUUAAUCACACUUGAUACACAUUUCUGUAUGUCUUAUUUACACUACAGAGUCUCACCCUGCUAAAUCACACAUUGGUAACUUGUACUUAACCAAGACCCUACAAGUCCAAUAUUGGAUGGAGUAAAAAGUAGCUCUUACAGCUGAUCAUUGAGACUGUACAGUUAAAAAAAAAGUGUCAGAGGAAGAAACUAACUCUUCUUUUUGUUCUUUUGAACAGCUUCAGUCUUUGGUUUCUUUUUUUUUACCUUUUUUACUCUUCAGGAAGAGCUCUACCCCGACCAAUCUCUGUUUACAUAACUGUAAAUUUUAAGGGAAUUUGAAAUCAAAUAUGAAUGGUGUAUUUUGUCAUUUCCGUAGAACUUGUCUGUAAAAGGGAUUUUUUACACAAGUAGAACUGUGCUGGUCCACAGACCCAGGGAAACAUUCUACAACUGUAGAAGUCUAUACAAUAGCAACAUUGCCUCUUUUAAAAGCAGACCAUUCUCUGGGGGGAUUAGAUUUUCAAGUUAGUGUCCUUGCCAUAAUUACUUUAUUUAUCUCCUGCCCCAAAUGCCUCUUGACCAUAAGUUUCAAGAUGCUGUUUCUGUUUGGCAGAGAGAGAAACAUUGAGGGAGGAAAAGUCACAGGUAGCCUGUUCAAAAGGUGUCACUUUGAAUCAAAAAAGCCCUCGAAAUGUGAAGUUCCUGUACUUCUAAGUAGUUUGAUGAAUGGAGUUUACUCUUGCAUUUCAAAAUGAAAACAGACCACUUGCAAUCUUUGAGGGUAUGUUCAUGAUUCAUUUCAGGCACAAAGUGGCUAACAAUGACAUUUCUAAAUGUACACUGUUCUGUUUACAGUACAUAAAUAAGAUUGAUCUAGGCUUGAGCAUCUCCAUGUCAAAACUUUGUCUUGGGGGCAUCCACACCUGCCUCUUCAUAGCUAUGGAUAUAUUAUGUGGUCGUUAGCUUGGAGGUGCUAUGGGAUGCUGUCGUGGUUUGGUUUAUGGUUUUAGUUGCAGAAGAACAUAACUGUUGUCUGAAGGAGGUGUGGGAUUGGCUUGAGAGGAUAGUUUUGUCAUAGGAUGUUGCCUCAGUGAUCACUGACAUGGGUAGGUUCAAGUACAAACAGGAAUCUGAAUUUACAAACUUGAGCAAGAACUUUUACACAUCCCAGGGGACCUGAUGCUUAUUGAAUGUGGAUGAUACAUUAAAGUAUGUGUAAUAGCCUGGGUCAGUUUGCUUAACAGUAUCCCAUUAAAGUGUGAAGUCAAGGGGGCAAUAUAUUAAAGAUCGGGUUCUUGAUCCUAGGUUACUUACUACUAUAUUUUGUGUUCUGUUUACCCUGGCAAAAAUUAUUAGUGAUAGGAGCAAUCUCGGAAGUGGGAGCAUGAUAAGAAACAUUUCUUGAACUGUGUAAGGGAGGAGAUUCUCUCUUCUUGCACUGAGGCUUUCAGAAGAAAAUGCUAAUAUUAGAAUCUGACUUGAAACUCAUUAUAUAGUUCUUCCAGACUAUGAUGUGGAGUCUUAGCAUUCUUAGACCUGUACUGUACUUUUGCAAAAACUGAUGGCUAUAGUAUAACUUGUAAGUGUGGGUUUUUAAAUUCUGCACCUGAUGGAAAUAUUCCCCUGCAUUCUAUUUUUUAAAAUCCAGUUAGAAUAGUUACAUUCAGAAAUGUUAGCAGGCCUGAAAACUAAACAGUGAAAUUGAAACAAGUCAUACCUUUUCGUUUGAAGGAAAUGCAAUCAGUAAGUUGUUAAAUUUGAACUUUAAUUUUUUAAUGAUAACAAUAUAUAUAUUAUAUGAAAAAGGAAAAUAAUACCUAAAUUGCCUCAAACUGUCAGUGUCCUGAAGCCUCAUACAUUGAAUGGUUGAAGAGGCGCUUCUAACAUACUACAUUAAACUCAAAGCUGAUGGGAAGUUGUGGAACUAUGACCUUUGCAGCAUACCUGUCUAACCACUUGGUGUUACUGCGGAAUCCUGUUUGGGCACUGCUUUAAAUGAAAGAAAGUGGCUUUAGGCCAUUGGUAGUUAACAUACUGAGCACGGCUACUUUUCAUAAGGCAUUUCAGCUGUUUUGUGUUUCAGAGAUCAGAGACUAAAAAUUUAAUCGGUGAACGUUCCUGCAGAGAAAAUGUCCAGCAGAAGCUGCAGAAUACAAUGCUCUCACUCUCUGAAGUUUAUACAAAUAUAAAAUCUAACUUUGCACGUCCUUAAACAUAUUUGUGUAAAGUUCAGCAUCUUUCCUAAUUUUGUCUUCUGCUGUAGUAUGUGUCAUUUGAAUGGAUUCUUUUUGUUCACUGGAUUAGUCUUUGUAGAAAUUUGUUUGUACUAGAAACAAAGGGUUUCGAGGAACAAAUGUAAUUUGAAACUGCAAAAUUUGGAAUAGAAGGAAUCAUGUUUUUAAGCGGUAGAUUCUCAGCUGCUAAAUACAGUAACUGUUAUUUCACUGGCAUUUUGUUUGUCUUGUCUUGUGUGUUACAGUCACUGGAGAAACAUGCAGCAUUAAAGAUAGCUACAAUAACAAACUUGUAUGAAGUUAUUGGAACACAUUGUUAUAGCUGCUCUGAUUAUUAUUCUUAAUGUACUCAUGUCUGCAUAUUUGUGUUUUAUUGACCGCUUACAUAUUCUUUAUACAACAAAAUCCAUGUGUCAUUUAAAUAGGGGAUAAAGUAACUUGUCAGUUUAUACUAUUUGAUUAAUUACUUUGUAUGUCAUUUGCUUUAAGACAAAUAAGCGAAUUGAUAAUUUAGUGAGAAAGUUUAGAUUUUUGUCUUAUAAUCAAAAUUUAUGACAUUUCCAGUUUUGUUUUAGUGCUGCUUAAUUAGAAUGUGUAGCUAGACUUUAUGGAUGGGAGUGAUUUUUUUUUCCUAAGUAGAUAGUUAAUGAAUUUUUAAAACAGUACUGUAUAAUAGUGAUGAACAGAAACAAAGUGUUUUGGAAAGAUUUGUCUGCAUAACCAGACUCAAAAAGCAUACUUUUCCAAAAUAUAUAAUACACUGAGCAAAAUGUGAGUACCAGAGAAUUAUUUAAGUUGUGAGUCUUUAGAGAUUGAAUGAUUAAAUUUUGGACAAGUUGUUGUUAGCUUAGUUUUGUUUUGCCUUCUGUAAGGGAAGAGUGCUUUUUGGGUUUUUUAUUUUUAAAUCUAGUAGGUGGUGAACAAUUGCACUUACAAUGUGGGGAGAAAAACCCAUUACUGCUGAAUUGUAUCUUGUAGAACAAUUUUGGAAAAAGCAGUGAACUGACAAUGAAACGUAGAUGUCACUUCUAAAUGCAUCUUUGCACUGGGUGGGUGAUGAGAGAUAUGUAUAAUUAGAUCUUACUGUUUUAUCAGUGUCAGAUGCAAAGAAAAGGGUGUAACUCACCAAUUCUCAAAUGCACUUAAUAUUUAAUUUAGUUUCUAAGGAAGUUCAGUGUCCCUGUCUAUACUUUUCCCUUUGUACACAGAGGUAUGUUUCUUCUCAGCCUCUUCUCUGUUCUUCCAACCAGCAAAGAAGAAUGUAGCAAAGCAUUGGUGAGGUGGCCUGAUUUUGUGUUUGAGUAACUCUGACUACCUCCCAAAUAGUUUUUUGACUGAUGCCCUUAAGUGGAGUUCAUCAGGCUCAGUUAUUUCAGAACCUCAUGCUAGACAUAUAUCCUCUUUCAGAUGUGAAAAGCAAGAGCUUUAUCAAUGAAUCCAUCAGGUUUUCCAGGGAGAGUUUGAAGGAAAAAGGAAAAAAAAAAUUCUUGUAGCUAAAGCUGGAAAAACUAGAAUUAGCAUGAAUUUUCAUUAGUCUUUUCCUCUGAAGAAGCAGCUCUGUUGCUGAAAAAUGGAGGAAAUAUGCUUCCAGGGAAUUCCAUAUGUUAUGCUUUUGAACUGCAGACCUGACUCUUCCUAGUGGCUUUUGCUUAGUGUGUAAUGUUACUUCUCAGGGCAUAGUCUAUUGUAGUGAAUUAGGGUGCAUUUUUACAGUUUAUAAUUAUUGAUUAAAAAGAACAAAAAAAGCUAAACAUGUAAUAACUGGCACUUUUUUUUUUGUCUAGUGUAGUAUUUUGUAAUCUACCCUCAUGCCAACACUGUACCCAAUAAUGAACAGUAGACCUCACCAUCUCAUCUGCUUCAUACUGUUACUCUGUAUCUUGAAUUGCUGUUGCAGUCUUGCAGGAAGCUCCUGACAGUUGUUGGAUUUAUUCUCUGAGUUUCCUAGCAGUAUUCAAUAGAGUAGUUAGUAUGUCAAAGUAUGUUGUAAUCAUGGGCAAGCUUUUUACAGCAUCUGUGUUGAUGCACCAUAGGUCUUAGAUUCAGCAUUUUAAAACCUUUUGUUGGGAUUCUGAAUGCUCAGUCUUUUUUGAUGGCUGUGAAACUCUUACAUGCAACAGUUGUUCUGGAAAACAUGACUCUUAACUGAAGUCUGGUUUGUUAAACAUCUUUAUCUGCACCACCUGGACCCUGCUGGAACUUGUAUAGACAGAGGUGGGGAGAACCCACGGUGAGGUGCAUAUUUUCUUCACAGGAUAUUUUCUGCAUGGGAUAUAAUUAUGGCUUAACAAAGAGCUUUUCUUGGAUGAGGUACGCCUGUCUGUUCAUUGUGAAUAAAGUUAUGAAAUUGGUACAUCAUUAAUAUGGGAAGAUUUCCGGAAUGGUUGCAUGUAGUGAGUAGGUAAAAGGAAUGUGGUUUUUUAAACCUGUUGUUUAAAAAAAUCACAUAAAUUAUAUGCGGUACUAUAAUUUGUUUUUAGAAAGCAAAAUAUACUUAUGCCUACUAUAUUCAUUCCCUUUUGUACCAGUUUUUCUCUUUUGAAAUGGCUACAUUUAAAACUGGGUAGUCAUCCUAAAAAGUGUGCUUGGGAACACACUUUACUUAAUAUAAUCUCAUUACUUUCAUAUAAUCAAAUUUAUACAUGUCUUAAAUAUUUUUAAGUAGCAUUAAGAUCCAAGGUAGUGACAGCACUACAGUAUUCAAGUGAGCCAAUAAACUCUAAUUUUGUAACACCAUCAUGUUCAUCAAAGUACUAUUCUACGUAGGGAAAUACUUAUUUUAUCAAGAUAUGUGCAAAAAUAUUUAAUUCUCAUAGCUUUCUUAUUAGGGGGAUAUACAACUAGUUUUAAACAUAAUAUUUUUCAAUAUUUUUUCUAUGAAAAAUUCUCAGAUGCACAGUUGUGACCAUUGUAAAUUUUAUGUAGAUUUCCAAGAUAAAUUAGAUGAAUCAUAAAUUUUGUAGCAGAAAGACUAAAAUCAUGACAAGACAGUAAGACACUGGAAAGUAAUCUGCUAAAUGACCGGUGUUCUACAGGAUGGUGAAUGUAAAGCAUAAAGUUUGUUUUUAACUGGUCUUACUUUGUCAUAGGAUGAAUUCCUGUCAGAUGGGGAUUAUUUCCUUCUUUUUUUUUUUUUUCUGAAAUCAGUAGAGAAUUUAUCUGUGAAUAAAUUAUCUGUAUUUAUUCUCCCACAAUAGGUGUACAUGGAAUGGAUGCGUGAAUGGAUGUGUGAAUUGGAUGUAUGGUAGAACUGUAUUUAUGUCCUGUGAAAACUGCAAAAAUCACCCACAUUUGGCUUUCUGCUAACAGACUCCAUGGAUGACAUGUCCUGAGUCUGAGUCUAGCAGGGUCAGUGCCAGGUUGUCUGCUGAAAGCAGUGAGAUUUAUUGCUUCCCCUCUUUGUCUUAAUCUGCCUGAUUAUCAUGAUACUUGGGCAAAUGCCUGCACACACCAACCAAAUCAUUAGUGGCGGUGUUUAUUCCAAGUGCUUGUAGAGAGUAUUUGAGACUGUGAAAGAGUUUGUUGGGAAAAUUUGGGGGUGCUCGGUCAAUACCCAGGAGAUAUUUUUCAUGAGUCCUCCAGAAAGGAAAUGGAAAUCCAAAUGUUUUGGAUGACUGCUUUAGCAUCACAGGAGACUGAGAAAAGUAUAACUAGUGACUUAAUUGGUAUUUAAAUGCAAACAACAAUUAGUCUUUUUGGUACUUUGUUUUCAGUAUUUUUCUUGCGUUCUUUUUGUAAAAAUCACAUAAAAUAUUUUCAGAAUUACUCUUCAUUUUAUGUGUCUUUUGAUUUUAAAUUACUGGAUUUUAGAACUUUCCUUAAAGGAAGCAGUUUUACUGGAAAAUGCUAGCACCUUUCCUGUUUCCUCUUAGACAAUGUGAUUCAUUCCAAGUGUUCUAAAAUGAGCACCUGAAAUCACAGGAUGUUACUGAAAGUAUUGCUCAUCAUACUUGUUUUCUCUCUCUCUCUCUCUCUUUUUUUUUUUUUUUUCCUUACUAGCUGCUAGGUAAAAGAAUAUGUAAGGAAGCCCGUAGUUGAUAUGAGUAAUCUUGGCUUACUGAAUUUGACUGUUCAUAAGUUCAGAAAGGAGCAAGUAACAAACCCACCAGGGUCCUUGUAUGGAAGUAAUUGAUCUGGUUAUCUAUGAUAUGAAUGCUUUAUUUUUACAUCUAUUGAAAUGAGUUUCAAAAUUCUCACCAACUUCAUUGACUUCAGAUAAGGCUAUGCAGUGGAGAGAGUAUCAGCCUGUUAGCCAUGAUAUAUUUAGUAUGGUGAAUUGUAAGGGUCUUGUUCACCUUUCACAAAUAAUUGAAUCUAUGGCUUCAAUAAAAAAAACAAAAAACAGUGUAGUGUAUAGUCAUUAGCACUAAUGGAAGUGGAAAAGGAGCCAUUAAGGUUAUGGAAUGUUAGAGGUUUAAAAGGGCAGCUGGGGAAAAACUAAGGGUACUACAGAGUAUGAGUAGCUAAGAAAGCUUAAUUUUCCCGUAUUUUUUUCCCUGUAUUCUCUCCUCUCUCCCUUUUUCCCCCACUCCUGCCCCAGCUCAAAACUCCCCGUUAUCUCUCCUGCCUACACAACUUUUCGUCUUUUCUAGUGGCAGAAAUUUUCGUACAAUAUACCUGUAUGCAAACCAGGAUAACACUUCAGUUUCGGAAGUAUUGCAUAUCAAUAGCAAAUAGAUACCAAUGCUUGAGGUUUUUGCAAGGUAUUUAGGGAUUACUGGUGAGGUUACAAGUACUGUGUGAUAACUGAUGCAAUAUUGAACAAGAAUGUCUUAAUAAACAGCAGAUGGCCUGACUGCUGCUGUUCUCCAGACGCGCUGGUUUGCAUUUACGGUCAACUACAUUUUUCACCCUUCCAUCUCCACAAAUGCUUUUCACUAGCUAACAGCUAAUCUACUUUGUAAAAUGCAUCUACAUAACGUUGAUUUGAGAUGUUCUACAAUUAUUUGUUGUUAUCUAGUACAAGAAAACUUCCACCACGCCUUUAGUCCUUCUUCAGUGGAUCCUGGCUAAGUAUGGAUUUUAAUGGUUAUAAAUCUGAUUUUGGUGUGAAGGGAAUUUGAAAUUCGACCAUAUAAAACAUACGUUUUCCUGAUGUCUGGUUAGAAACAUAGAAGGGCAUCUUAACACUGUUUUCCAGUUGUGCACACUGAGUUUUACCUUGUUUAUCUCAAAUAUUUUGUAUUGCAUGUUAAUUAAAUUUUUGCAUAUCCUAGUAGUACAAAAUGACUUACAAAAUUAAAAAGAGCACCCUUUUCAGUUCUUACUAUUCUAUGCAGAUAUCUUCCAAAAUUUACAGGUACAAUUUUAGUGGUAGUGGUUGGUAAACAGAUUUUUUUCACUUAUUUAUCUGCAGACUUGUUUUAUAUGUAUUAGUGACAAAAAUGGACUAAGCACCCCUGUAAGUUAUUGUAUUUCUGUAGAAAAUGGAAAACGGUGUAAUAUUGUUUUUGUUAAAUGUUGGCAAUUUAUAAAUAAACUUUUCAUCUCCUAAAAAA